UCUUCGUUGGUCUUCCACGUGUAUAAUUAACAGAAUUAAUGCUUACCUUUAAGAUAAAGCUAAUUGUGCACUAAAAGUUAGCGAUAUCUUAGUUCUUAUCCACGAUUUAAAGAGGGAAAAAUUGUUGAGGAAAUGAAGAAGCAGGUUGUGGGAAUAUUUGGCAGCUGGGACUUGGUUAUUUGGAGUCGACCCGAGGAUGUCUUUAGAGAAAAGUUGGAGGAGAAUCACAUUCAUCCUUUCACAGAGACUGGACCAAAUCGAUUUGAGUACGAGUUCCGUUCUCGAUGGUUUUGGAUAUUUUUCUUCGCCAUUGUCAUCGAGAUAAUCGGAGUAUCGAUGUGGUAUGCCAUGGGUAACCCCUCGCAAUUCAUCUCGUUCGCGGUAGUCUUCUUCAUCAUCAGCAUCCACCGCCUUCACGCUCACAAGGACAUGAUCAAAAUCAUCAUCGAUCUGCACAAGGGAGAAUACUAUAUCUUGAAGAAAGGCGAUUUGACGUAUCGAGGCUUGCUUCACAACAUCUACAUCAGACUCAUCGGCCAAAAUAGCGGCGCUGGUUCAAUUUUCUUCAAAAUAGUUUUGAAUGGCCAUAACCUUGCUCCUCAAGAUUUGACGUCAUCAACUGUACGGAAAGAGAAAUUAGAGAAAUUGGGUCGCCGUUUGGCGAAUCGACUUGGCAUCAAUUAUUUUGACUGGACGGACAAAUCUACACAUCAUAUCCUUUGGCAAACUAUCGUCAUUUUCUGAUAUCAAAGUUGAUUUUUUGAAACGAUGUUUUUUAUUGCAAUCAAAAUAAUAUGCCUUUAAGUGUGUUUAUGAAAAAUGAUGGGAGCCAAAGUGAUGCAAAUUGAAUUUUCUGAGUUCAAUUUGGGAGUGGGGUGACGCGAAGCUUGUUAUUUCUUAAAAAGGUGCCGUGACUGAUUUUUGUUGUAGUUG